UCAGCGAAACUAUGCCGCCUCGGCCAGGUAAAAGUCCUAAUGACAUGCAAGACCCGCCCCGGAAGUCGAGCAUCCGAAUCGGUGACAUUCUGGCGCAAAUGAGGAAAGCAGCGUUGCUGUUUCUCCCAGGACGCGUUGACGGCACAGCAUGUGGUGUUCCAGCCAUGCAAAGCAGGAUCAUCGGAGGUUCCGCGGCAGUUCCAGGUGCCUGGCCAUGGCAGAUAAGCCUCUGUAACCAAGGUGGUCACCUCUGUAGAGGGUCCCUGAUUAGCAAUGAAUGGCUGCUCACUUCCGUGAUGUGUUUCUUCAGCUCAUCAAACGCCUCUUUCUACCAGCUGGAGCUCGGCCUCCUCUUCAAGAAUGGGACGGGGGCUCAAACGGUCACCCGUGGCUUGAAAAACAUCUUCAUUCACCCAAACUACACCAACUACGUAACUGGGAACGACGCGGCCCUGCGGCAGCUGCAGCAGCCUGUGAACUACACGGAUGUAAUCCGCCCGGUGUGUCUGCCCAGGAAGAGUGACGUCUUUACCCCCAAGGAUAACUGCUGGGUGACAGGGUGGGGUGCCAUCAAGUGUA